AUGACUGUCUCUUCUUCCACACAUCUUGCUAUCAGAAGAGAUCCUGGUUCGAAUAGGUGUCCAUUGAAGGUUUCGUUAGUUGGUAUUAUUCUGGAUGCAGCACAGGAAGUCAAUGAAGAGAAUGCAAUAAUUAGGGUGUUAGUUAAAGAUUACGUUAGGCAGAAUAAUUCUUUUGUGGUUAAAGUUGUGUUUCCAUUUCACAAUAAUCGGUUCAAGUAUUUGAUGAAUUCCAUUCGUCCAAGUGAAUCAGUUCUUUUUGUUAUUGGACAGAUAGAAAUUAUUCAAGAUGAUUUAUUUGUAUACGCUGUUGAGACUUCUUAUGUUGAUACUUGUUUUACGGAUAAGAAAAAAGGUACUAAUUCAAGUGACUCACAAUCUUCAUCGGGGUUGUAUAAAUCGGUUCGUUCUAGACUCUUGGCUGUUUAUCAGAACUCGAACGAGAAUUCAUCUAAGGAGUUUACUGCAGAAAGUCAUAGUAUACUCAGAGAUAUGAAUCCGCCUAUAACCAAGUCUUCCACAUCUAACUCUUAUUCAUCUAAAUGUGUUAGGGUUGAGGAUGAAGAUCCUAAUCAUAUUGAUUCUGAUUACAUUGAGGAUGAAUGCAAAGAAGAUGUU